UUUUCUCUUUUUUUCCCCCUUCGUUUCUAUCGUCAUCAUCAUUGUCGACCCUCCGCUUGUUUCGGACGACAUUUGGUACAUAUUUUCUUUUUGACGAGCAUCUAUUCCACUUCUUCACUUCGUGUUCAUUUCUAAAGAGCGUCUAUACUGCCUUGUUUGCAUCCUCGCUCGACCAAAAAAAGAAACUUACCUGGAGGUCUCUUUUUUCUUCUGUUUAACCUGCCUUGUUCUUCUCCUGUACUACCAUUGUUCACCAUUUCACCUAUAUACCUCGUUCUUGGACCGAUUCAAGGGCGUAACUCCUAACCCGACCUGUCUCGUCAACUUCUCCUUUUAUACACAACUCAACACCACUGCAGCAUUCUUCCCAAGACGUCAAAGCGGAACUGUCACAUCACCACCAUGGACUGCAUGCGAGAUCAUUUUAGCGAGGGAGUCGUCCUCGACGGACGAUUUGAAACCGUCUCCCCUCUCAACCAUGGCUCUUUCGGUCUGGUAUUUUUGGCCAAGGACCGUUUGUCCGGGGAUCUUGUUGCCGUCAAGUGCACACCCAAGCCAUCUGCCAUGGGCUAUGCAGAUGCAGAUGUUAAUGUCGAUGAGCGUUCCGAAGAGCUCUCCUGCCACCAAGUGCUGGGCGUGCACCCAAACAUUGUCAACAUGCUUCACACCUUUGAGACGGAUGCGCACCGGUACCUGGUCCUGGAGUAUUGCUCCAUGGGCGACCUCUACGAAGCCAUCCGACUUGAUCGUGGCCCCCUCGAGACCGAGCACGUUCGGAGCUUCAUGCUUGAGCUUGUUGAUGCGGUCGAGUACAUGCACAGCAAAGGAUUCUACCACCGCGAUAUCAAACCGGAAAAUAUUUUCCUGGCCCAGUCUGGCUCCAUGAAGCUGGGUGACUUUGGUCUCGCCACGCGUGACACCUGGUCUACGGAAGCCGCGGUUGGUAGCGAUCGGUACAUGGCCCCUGAGCAGUACGACUCUGCUGGUAAUGGCUACGCUCCAGCCAAGGCCGAUAUCUGGGCUGUUGGUAUCUGCUUGCUCAAUGUUCUCUUUGGCCGCAACCCCUUUGCGACGCCCACCGAGUCUGACAUUCUCUUUUCCGACUAUGUUCGUGACCGGCAAUCGCUUUUCGACAUUUUCCCAAACAUGUCUCUGGAUACGUUUGAGAUUCUCACUCACGCCUUGACCGUCGACCCUGAGAAGCGAUCUUUGCAAGGUGUUCGUGAGGGCUUGCAGCGCGCCAUCAGCUUCACUACCGAUGACGAGAGCCUUGAUGACUUCUGCACCGAGACUCGCGAUGUCGUCCCGGCUAGUGCCAACCGCGAGCCUCUGCGUACGCCGUCGAUCCAGAGCCCACAGCUCGACCAGGGUGGCUCGUUCCCCUGGGCCAAGGCUUUGCAAAUGAGCCCGGCUCAGCCCGUGCGUCGCCUGUCGGCUAUUUUGGACACGGAGGACUCCACCGAGGAAAUGUUCCCUGGCUACGCCAACAACGCAGGCUGGUACUCAGCCGCCCAGGAGAACGCUUCCUUGGCCUCUGCGCUCGACUCUGGCCUUGGAGCUUCGAUCAAGUCAAUGACUCUUCGUGCACCUCCGGUACGUGACCCUCCCAGAGCAGAUCCACCUCAGGUUUCGGGUUCGGUGCCUAUCACCGUCAGCCGUCCCAUUCCUGCCAUGGCCUCUGUGUUUGGUAAGAAGGAUGAAAUGGUGUCAAAGAGUUGGAGCGAUUUGUGGGACGAGGAAAUCGAAGAGCAAGCGGAGUUGGAGCACCAGAACUUUGACGACGAGCGAACUAUCCGAUCGGGUGGCUUGCGUGAAAUUAAGGAUGCGUCACAGCUCAACUCGCGCACCUCGAGCCCCAAGGCUCUACGCACCAGCGGCCUGUCGAAUAUUGGCUACGAUGGCAUCAGCGAGAAUGAUGGUUUCUUCUUUGAAGACCAUCCCUCGCCCAAGGCGCCGCGUAACUCUCCACCUCGUUCGAAACGUGAAAUUAUGGACAAGUGGACGGCCCUCGGUGCCCGUCGUCGGGCUCACACCAAUGGCAAAACUGGCUCGCCUGACUCAUCGCUGAAGCGGCCACUGCAGCAGCACAACCACAACACUGGCAGUUUCAAUCACAGCUUCAACAAUGAGAAUUGGCGUCGUGGAAUUGGUUUUGGCGCGACUGGGUUUCAGGGUGAAAGUCUGGAUCGGAAGAAUUGGAGUUUGACAAAGGAUUGGCGUCGUGAGCAGCCGCAGCAGGCUCACCACCACAACAACAACAAUCACAAUCAUCACUACGCUCAUUUCCAUAAUCCUCAUUCUUAUCAGCACCAUUAUCCGAACUCUUCUUUGGCGGCGCAUCGUGCGGGACGCCAAGCACCUCUCAACACUGAAAAAGCGAAAUCCCUCUUUUAAAUUCAUAUGGAUGUGAGUAGAAGAGUUUUAAUUUUUCUUUGGAUUAAUGUCGUGGGGCAUAUUCCAUAUCCAUGUCUUAGUAUUUAUUUUCAAAACCCUAUAUAGUUCUUUCCCGAUAAUCUCACUAUCUAUCGCAACCAGCUAGCUAGCGAUGAAAGAUAGAAUGGGUAUAUGUAUGUAGGUAGCGAAAUCUCCAAUAUUUAAAGAAGUAAAAUCACACGA